AUGGGAAAUUUCAAUACCACUUCACAAGAGAGUUUCAUUUUGGUGGGCUUCUCAGAUUGGCCUCAACUACAAGUCUUCCUUUUUGUCAUUAUUUUGAUUUUCUACUCCCUAACUAUCUUUGGCAAUACAACCAUCAUCGCUCUUGCAAGACUGGACCUUCGACUGCACACUCCCAUGUACUUCUUCCUCUCCAAUCUCUCCUUCCUGGACCUCUGCUACACCACCAGCACUGUGCCCCAGCUCCUGAUCAACCUCCAUGGACUUGACAGGACCAUCAGCUAUGGUGGGUGUGUGGCCCAGCUAUACAUAUUUCUUGCCCUGGGCUCCACUGAGUGUGUGCUCCUGGUGGUGAUGGCCUUUGACCGCUAUGCUGCUGUGUGUCGUCCCCUGCACUACACGACCAUCAUGAACCCCUUUCUCUGCCAGACAUUGGCUAUUGUCUCCUGGGGGGGAGGCUUCAUAAACUCUCUGAUCCAGACAAGCCUCAUGAUGGCCAUGCCCCUCUGUGGCCAUCAACUGAAUCACUUCUUCUGUGAGCUGCCUGUUCUCCUGAAGUUGGCCUGUGAGGACACUGGAGGGACAGAGGCCAAGAUGUUUGUGGCCAGAGUGGUGGUUGUUGCUUUUCCAGCAAUGCUCAUUCUAGGCUCCUAUGCACAGAUUGCCAGGGCAGUGCUGAAGAUCAAGUCAAUGACUGGACGCAGAAAAGCUUUUGGGACAUGUGGGUCCCACCUCCUGGUGGUUUCUCUGUUUUAUGGCUCAGCCAUCUACACAUACUUACAGCCCAAGGGCAGCUAUUCUGAGAGUGAGGGGAAGUUUGUUGCUCUUUUCUAUACUAUUAUCACCCCCUUGCUCAACCCUCUGAUUUAUACCCUGAGGAACAAGGAUGUGAAGGGGGCUCUCUGGAAGGUGCUAGGGAGAGGCACAGACUCAGAGUAACAUGGGAAAAAGGACCCGCUCAUUUUUCUAUUAUAGCUGUCAUAUUCUGUUCUAGGACCAUUGUUCACUCAUAAACAGCCCUCAGCAGACCUCAGAGUUUUAGUGUCUUCCACUGGAGAUGUUGGGGAUCUCUUGAAGUUCUUUCUACAUCAGUGUCAGAGAAUGAAAGUUGGCUUAUAUGACAACAUUCUAGAGAAGGUUUGGGAAGAUGGGAUGUCCUAGAACUUGAUGAGAGUAUACCGAUGAUAGACAUCUAAGAGUGAGAAAAGACUUAGUAAAUGUGUCAUCUCCUUUUCCAAAAUGUCUCUGAAUCCCAGUAGGGUCCCCCAGAGGAGGUACUGAGACUUACUGCAAAAUACAUGAGUUCACUGUUACGUAUUUUAGUGGGAAAUAUGAAAAGAAAAUUUUAUACUCAGGUUCUAAAGAAUUAUCUCUUGAUUUGGCCUUCCCUAGUUACUCAUCUCUUAAUCAUGGAUUAUUUCUUAUUACACAUCUGUGACUUUAUUGUGUCCCUAAGAGUGUGAUAAAACAGCAUGACAGGAAAGUUACACAAUCGCUACUGCAAA